UUGCUGUUCAAGUUUUGAAUUGAAAAUGAUUAGAACUUCUUCUGCUUACAUCUGCGGACUCUCUUCAGCGAAAUCAUAAAAUUAGAUAAAAGAUUGGAACUUUAUCUAUCUGCUUCGUAAUUCUCUUCGUGUGUCUUGUAGGUGAUUUGCAGAACGAGGCAAAAUGAGAUUGGUCAAGUGUUGGUUUUGCUCUUCUACAGUAUAUCCUGGACAUGGUAUUCAGUUUGUCCGCAACGAUGCAAAGAUUUUCCGGUUCUGUAGGUCGAAAUGCCACAAGAACUUCAAGAUGAAGAGAAACCCACGGAAAGUGAAAUGGACUAAAGCAUACAGAGCGGCACACGGGAAGGACAUGACUCAGGAUAAAACAUUUGAGUUUGAGAAGAAGAGAAACAGACCUGAGAGAUAUGACAGGAACGUAACAGAGAAUACACUGACGGCCAUUAAGAAGAUUGAUAAGAUAAGAAGCGCAAGAGCAUCCAAAUAUAUCGAAAAGAGGUUGAAGCCAAACAAACAGAAGAUAUACAAGGAGGAUAUCAAGGUGCUAGAUAAUGACAUAGUAAUGAUCAAGGCUCCCCAACAGGUAUCAGAGAAGAUCAAAGUUGAUGUUUCCAAAAAGAAGUCUGUUCAAAACGAAGCCAUGGAAGAGUGAUUCUGUAAAAACAUUAUGAUCAUUUGAAAAGCUACUCACUUGCUCGCUGGAGCUUGUGUCAUCUUAAAAAGGUCUUCUUUAUGUUCUCUACCCAUUUGUAUUUUUUUUUUUGGAGUUCUUUGAAAAACAGAGUUGACAAAAGUGACUUUAAGUUGCUUUCAUAUUGCAAUGUAUUAUUCUGAUAGAAGGCAAACAGAGUUGACUAAAAGUAAUAUUAUGUCUGU